CUUGAAUCUUGAAAUUCAUCAAGCCUUUUCAAAGGACAGGAGAAUAGCCCUGAGCAGGAAAAGCCAGGAUGGAGAUGACAAUGACAACAAUGGAGACGAUGACCACAACGAUGGAGAAGACCACGAUCACCACGGAGUAUGAGACAACCACGGAAUUCGACUACUCAGACACUACUCCCUGUCUGAAGGUAGCCGUGAGAGACUUUGGGGCCCAGCUGCUCCCUCCUUUGUAUUCCCUGGUGUUUAUCGUCGGCUUGGUGGGCAAUGUUCUGGUCGUCUUGGUUCUGAUGCAGUACAGAAGGCUCCGGAGCAUGACGAGCAUCUACCUCCUCAACCUGGCCAUCUCAGACCUGCUCUUCCUCUUCACGCUGCCCUUCUGGAUCCAUUACAAGCGGAAGGACGAUUGGGUCUUUGGGGAUGCCAUGUGCAAACUCCUCUCCAUGCUCUAUUACAUGGGCCUGUACAGCGAGAUCUUCUUUAUCAUCCUGCUCACCAUCGACAGAUACCUGGCCAUCGUCCACGCCGUGUUUGCCUUACGGGCCCGGACUGUCACUUUCGGCCUCAUCACCAGCAUGCUCACGUGGGUCGUGGCCUUCCUGGCCUCCAUCCCCGGCUUGUAUUUCUCCAGGACCCAACUAGAAUUCACGCAUCGCACCUGCAGCCUUCACUUCCCAGCCGAGAGCCUGAGGCAUUGGCGGCGAUUCCAGGCUCUGAAGAUGAACCUGUUCGGCCUUCUUUUGCCCCUCGUGGUGAUGAUCGUGUGUUACUCGGGCAUCAUCAGUAUCCUCCUGAGGAGACCCAAUGAAAGGAAAGCCAAAGCCGUGCGGCUGAUCUUCGCCAUCAUGAUCAUCUUCUUCCUCUUCUGGGCCCCUUACAACCUGUGCAUGUUCGUCUCGGCGUUUCAGGACUCCCUGUUCACCCAGAUGUGCGAGCAGAGUCGGCAGCUGGACGUGGCCAUCCAGGUGACCGAAGUGAUCGCCUACAGCCACUGCUGCAUCAACCCCAUCAUCUACGUCUUCGUGGGAGAGCGCUUCAGGAAGUACCUCCGCCAGCUGUUCCAGAGGCACGUGGCCGUGCAUCUGGUUCGCUGGCUGCCCUUCAUCUCCGUGGACCGGCUGGACAGAGCCAGCUCGGUGUCACCGUCCACGGGAGAGCACGAGCUCUCGGCUGGGUUCUGACUCAGAGUGCCAGACGCUAAGCUUUGACCUUGGCAGGUGUCCCCUACUCUCAGGGCAAAAGGAGAAUUCUGGGAUCUCGAAGACGUGGCUGGAGAGAGAGGCAAGAAAUGGUGCCAUCUGUCACCUUGUGAGUGUCAGUCUUUUCCAGAAACUUCAUCCUAGGUGACUGCAAAGAGACAUUUUAGAGACAAAAACCAAUCAGGGCCAGGAAAGGCUCUGGACCCCUAAUAGGAUAUUGGAACUGAGCACAUUGGUAUUGGCAAACAGACACAGGGAACCUACUUCACCCCCCACCCCCGGAG